AUGAAGCCGGAUAUCAAAGAUCGAGACUAUAUGUAUCGCCUUAUCAUUGGAUUUGCUAAUCUUAGGAAUAAAAUAUUAGAAAACUCGUUUAGGCAGUUGUUUUACGACGGUCACCAACAACUGGCUCUUAAUCUAGCGACAGCUAUAGGAUGCUCUGCGCAACCCCCUCCUCCAUCCGACAAACUUUUCCGACUUGUAUCUCUUGCCAAGCAGUUCGUUGACGACCCCGACCCGAAAGAAAAGGAUGGCGUCAUACAGGCUAGUUUGGAAAAUCUGUCUAUGGGUUUGGAUUUGGAAUAUGAUGCAGAUAUAGAACCCACAUCUCCUGAGCCUUGCAUGUAUGAAACGAUUUAUCUUACUGCUCACAAGGCGGCUUGUAGAGCUUCAGCUUUCAAUUCAGAUGGGAGUCUUCUGGCCACUGGAUCUGCAGACUGUUCUAUAAAGAUAAUGGAUGUUGAAAGAAUCAUCGCCCGUGAAGUUCGCGGAGAAGUGACGCUUGCAGAAAAUGGUCCUGAUGCCCAGCAUCCUGUUAUACGUACCCUUUAUGAUCAUGUCGAUGAAGUAACUUGCUUGGCAUUUCAUCCGCGGGAACAAAUCUUAGUUUCCGGAGCUAAUGAUUUAACUGUGAAGAUGUUUGAUUACUCAAAGACAGCUGUUAAAAGGGCAAUGAAAACUAUAUUUGAAGUAGAGCCGAUAUUUGCCCUCUCUUUUCAUCCAGGAGGUGAAUUCUUGUUAGUGGCUACAAAACAUCCUACCCUUCGUCUUUACAAUAUAGAAACACAACAGUGUUACGUCUGCUCGAUUCCUACAGAUCAGCAUCGUAGUACAGUCACGGAUGUAAAUUAUUCUGAGAAUGCUCGUCUUUAUGUAUCAGGAUCUAAAGAUGGGGAUGUAAAGGUAUGGGAUGGAAUCUCUAACCGAUGUGUGGAGACGUUUCAAAGAGCCCACGAUGGUGCGGACAUUACCAGUGCGACAUUUACAAGAAAUGGAAAGUACAUCCUUACAUCUGGUAUGGAUAGUAUUGUCAAACUUUGGGAAUUAUCAACAAACAGAUGUUUGAUAGCAUAUACUGGCGCAGGUGCUACUGGAGCGCAAGAAUAUCCUAUACAAGCUUGGUUUAAUCACAAUGAAGAUUAUGUGCUGUUCCCGGAUGAGAAAUCUGGAAGCUUGUGUUCUUGGGAUGCGCGGAAUUCGGAUCGGAAACGCCUUCUAGCUUUAGGACACACAGCAGCAACACGGACCUUUUCUCAUUCCCCUUCGAUGCCAGCCUUUGUGACAGGCAGCGAUGAUUUUCGUGCUCGGUUUUGGUACAAAAAAUCUCAGUAG